AUGGCGACUUUUACCAAAUUGGAUGAUCAGGAAACUCCUGUGAUCUCGGUUCACCCCGAGAGAAAGAUCUCCAAGAUCAAUCCGAAUAUCUAUUCUGGCUUCACUGAGCAUAUGGGACGGUGCAUUUAUGGCGGCAUUUAUGAUCCUGGAAACCCAUUGUCCGACGAGAAUGGCUUCCGCACGGAUGUUUUGGAGGCGUUGAAGGGGCUCAACAUCCCCGUCGUUCGGUAUCCCGGUGGUAACUUUUGCGCGACCUACCACUGGCUGGAUGGUGUUGGCCCCAAGGAGCAACGCCCGUCACGACCUGAGCUUGCCUGGCUUGGAACUGAGACAAACCAGUUCGGAACUGAUGAGUUCAUGAAGUGGUGUGAGGCUGUUGGCACUGAGCCGUACCUUUGCUUCAACUUCGGCACCGGUACCCUGGAUGAAGCUUUGGGUUGGGUCGAGUACUGCAACGGUACAGGCAACACAUACUAUGCCAACCUUCGUCGAAAGAAUGGUCGUGAGGAGCCCUAUAACGUCAAGUACUGGGCUCUCGGCAACGAAUGCUGGGGUCCCUGGCAAGUCGAGCAGAUGACCAAGGAAGCAUACGCCCACAAGGCCAUCCAAUGGGCCAAGGCUCUGAAGCUCCUCGACCCUAGCCUCAUUCUCAUUCUCUGUGGCAAGGAAGGCGCCACCACCUGGGACUACUACACACUCAAGGAGUGCCUCGUCCCAGCCCACUCAGCCCUAUCAACCAGCUCCGUCCCCCUGAUCGACAUGCACAGUAUCCACCUCUACACAUCUUCAUCAUCCCACCUCCCCAACGUCACAGCUCCCCUCGCAGCAGAGCGCGCCAUCGAAGUCACAUCUUCGCUGAUCGAUCUCGCCCGCGUGGAGAACCAAGUCCCCCCCGACCAGCUGCGCCCCACAAUCUGCUUUGACGAGUGGAACGUCUGGGACCCCAUUCGCGCAGAGGGAAGCCAAGGCGCCGAAGAGAGCUACACACUCUCUGACGCACUAGCCGUGGCAGUUUGGCUUAAUGUCUUCGUUCGCAAGAGCAAAGAUGUCGGCAUGGCCAAUAUUGCCCAGACGGUCAAUGUCAUCUCCCCACUUAUGACUACCAAGGAAGGCACCACGAAGCAGACGACCUGGUGGCCUCUUUGGUUGUUUUCGCGAUACAUGCGCGGAUGGACUAUCGGUAGCCAUGUUUCUUCUGGGACGUAUGAGGGCGAGACUAAGCCUGCUUGGGUGCGUGGUGCUAUGCAGACGCCUUGGUUGGAUGUUAGCGCUUCGCUUGGUGAGGAUGGAUAUGUGAAUGUUGCUGUGGUUAAUAUUAGUGAGGAGAAGGAUUUCGAGAGUCGGGUUGAGGGGGCGACGGGUGAGGUGCAGGUUUUCACGGUAACUGGUGCUGACGUUUCGGUGUCGAAUAUGAAUGGGAAGGAAGAGGUGGCUAUUCAGGAGUCGACUUGGAGUGCGAGUGGAAGUUAUGUCUUCCCCAAGCACUCGCUUACUCUUCUGAGAUGGAAGGCUUAG